AUGCAGCAUGGCUAUGAAAACAUCAGCAAGACAGCUCAGGAGGCAGACAGCCGGAGGCUGAAGGGAGCCAUCCAGAGGAGCACAGAGACAGGACUAGCUGUGGAGAUGCCCAGCCGGACACUGCGCCAAGCCAGCCAUGAGUCCAUCGAGGACAGCAUGAACAGCUAUGGCUCCGAGGGCAACCUAAACUAUGGAGGAGUCUGCCUGGCCUCAGAUGCUCAGUUCAGUGACUUCCUGGGAAGCAUGGGGCCAGCACAGUUUGUGGGCCGCCAGACCCUGGCGACCACACCCAUGGGGGAUGUGGAGAUUGGCCUGCAGGAACGGAAUGGUCAGCUGGAGGUGGACAUCAUCCAGGCUCGGGGACUGACGGCCAAGCCAGGCUCCAAGUCACUGCCAGCUGCCUACAUCAAGGCCUACCUGCUGGAGAAUGGUGUCUGCAUUGCCAAGAAGAAGACCAAAGUGGCCCGAAAGUCACUGGACCCACUGUACAACCAGGUGCUUCUGUUUCCUGAGAGUCCCCAGGGCAAAGUCCUGCAGGUGAUUGUAUGGGGAAACUAUGGUCGGAUGGAGCGGAAGCAGUUCAUGGGUGUGGCCCGAGUGCUGCUGGAGGAACUGGACUUGACCACGCUGGCUGUGGGCUGGUACAAGCUCUUCCCCACCUCCUCCAUGGUGGACCCAGCCACAGGCCCCCUGCUCCGGCAGGCAUCCCAGCUGUCCCUCGAGAGCACCGUGGGGCCAUGUGGCGAGCGAUCUUAAUGCCAGGGAUGGGGAGGGGCUCCCCCCGAGAUGGCCUGGAGACCACCCAGCCCUGACCUGGGACCCCAGGCCCAGGGGCACAUUGGACAUUGGAGGAUGGGGUUCUUCCCCACAGUGGGGAAGCAGAAUGGGGAGACCUGCCCCCCUUGGGCCCCUCCUCACUCCUCCUUCACCUCCUACCCCUGAGACCUUCCCUCUCCCAGUGGGUUGGCUACACUUUUGACUUGGCCGGUUUUGACCUGGUGGGCGCAGCUACAGCCAGAGAAAGACUGAGGUGGCAGAGCAAACCACUGUCCUGCCCUACCCCACCCCACUUAUCCCCCUUUUGCCUCCUUGGAUGCUCGCUGCCCAGAGCCAAGUCCAGAACCAAGCCGGCCAUCUCCAUGGUGCCAAUUACCAGCAAGUGUCUUUCCUGCGGCACCGGGUUCAGGCAGCUACUCCUGCCCCAGAGCUGAUGGGGCAGUGUGCAAGGAUCCGGAGCCAGCUCCCGGGGGACCUGAGCUCCCCAGUUGAAGGGGAGUGUGGGUCUCCCUCUGCCUGCCCGUGGAAGGAGCUUUGCCGCAGCCUGUCUGAGUCCACCCAUCCAUCCCUUCCUGCCCCUCUGCCUGCCCGCCCCUCUGCCAUGAGUUCUAGGAAUGGGGGGCCAGCAGAGAUUCAAGGAAAGGAGGAGGCACCUGAGACCUGGCAUAGAUCCCCAGGGGUCCUUGCAGCAAUCUGGUCUGGAGCUCUUGGUGGACUGGAAAGGGCGCUGUCAUCUGUGAUAUGGUAGAGGACUGUGGGGACCUGAGUUUCCAGCACCCUGCACACAGGGAGCAACUUUCACGUGUGGUGGGUAGUGGGAGUGGAGCUCUGAAGAAAGCUUGGAUUAAGUCUAGCGGUACCAAGGUAAGGGUUUCCCAAACAGGAGAACCCCUCCUUGUUGGAUGAGAUCAAAGGUCAUCUUGUUAAUCCCUCGGCCUCUGGGCCAGGGGUCCUGGGGAGGCAUUAGAGCCCCUCCCAUUUUAGUCUUUUUAAAUAAACCAUCCUGUAUGAAGGGCAGAAGCCACUGCCCAGCCUCAUCACUUUGGCUCAAGGAGAGAUGGCGGUACAAAUGGAGGGCUGCAGAGCCGUGAGUGUAGGAAUUAGAUGCUCCAAUGAGGCCUGGGUAGCUGCCUUCCUGUGGCCCUCCCUAGGGCCUGCAGGAGCCCUUUUGCAUGCAAGGGAGGACACUGGCCCCUAUAGAAGCACAUUUCUGUCACCCCUCCUGGGAGGCACCCAGCAGCCCUUCACUCCUCUUCACUUAAUCCCUGCUGUGUAGGGUGUAGUCCAGGUCAUCUGGGUAGUUAGCGUUCAUGCCUGAGGCCUGUUAGCACAGAUGUAGUCUUAUUUGCAAGCCCCAGGCUGGGGGGUAUAGGAGAGACCCCAGUACAUUCCAGAAGAUUACAGACUCUCUCUCUAGCCUGGGCUGGAUGGGCUGCCAGGCUCCCCAAAGGCCAGCCCUUCCAUCUUCUCUUCCUUGCCUUCACUCCUCCCUUAUAGGGCUGUAGCCCAAACUAUUCAUUGUACUCAGCAUUCUGGGGUAAUACCCUUGGCAUUGAUUUUCUUUUAAGGAUGCACUCCUAGGAUUGCUGGGCCUUGCAGAGGGGCCUGGACUACACUAGAGGGUGUCAUUUUCCACCAAGGAUGCCAGGGCUCUGUUGAAUGCCAACCUUGUUCCUGGUUCUACCAGGGAUCCUUUCCCCUUGAGAAUGCUCCCCAUUCCCAGCCUGGCUGAGCCCUGAGUGCCCUUCAGGGCUCUCGUCCAGGUCUGUCAGCUCCACACACAGCUGUUGACACUACACAGGGAAGGAGCUGUGGAUAGGCCCCUCCAACUGGUCUUCAGAGUGGCCUCAGGACUGUGGAGGGGCAAGCCUCCUGGACAAUGGGGCAGGGCUCUGGAGGAGCUCCCAUUUGAGGCUCACACCUAGCCAUCAUCCAUUCCCCCCCCCCCGACUGGUAUGAUAUCUCUGCUAUUAGGUUAUUACUCACCAUUUGGAAUAUUUUGAGCCAGGAGGGUGCCUUCCCUCCCAGGCUGUCACUGCUAUGGUUGUUCAGGGUGAGACAGAGCCUGGCUGUCACAACCAGAGGGGAGGGGCUCAGCUCUGGUUUGUCUGGGAGAGAGAGAGAGAGAGAGAGAGAGAGAGAGAGAACAUGAUAGCAUGAAGGAGCACUUGGCUCCAAAGCAAUAACAACAUCGUGGGGUGGUCAGUGAGGCCCCCUUCGUGAUUUUCUUGUCUGUUCUGUGAAAUCUCGCUCACCUCCUGGAGGGGUAGAGUCAGGGGCUGGAGCCCCAUUUCUCUGUAUCAUUGUUAGCGUGUGCCCCACUUCCAAGGGGCUGUGACCACUGGGUGUGGGAGCCAUAUCCGUCCUCACCAAAGGACUGGACAGUGCUUGGGGAGGGGGAGCGCUUUUCAUCAUUAGCUCUGGGGACCACCAAGCCCAGCCUGCUCCCACUGUUGUCAGACCCUCUGUCAACUCAGACUCUACCGUGUGGAGGGAGGGGAGAGUUGGGGGGCCUUUCUGGUGCUGUGUCUCUAGGAGUGUUUCUUUUUACCCCCCUCCCCCUCUGGACAGAGGUCAUGUAUAGGGCUGCCAUGUAAAGGGGCAUCUCCUUUUUUCUUACCCAGAAUGCUUCUGCAUUCUGAAGGGAAGGGCCUUUGGAUAUUUAGUCCAGUUGCAAGAAAGAAAGAAAGAAAGAAAGAAAGAAAGAAAGAAAGAAAGAAAGAAAGAAAGAGAGAGAGAGAGAAAGAAAGAAAGAAAGAAAGAAAGAAAGAAAGAAAGAAAGAGAGAGAAAGAGAGAGAGAGAGAGAGAGAAGGAAGGAAGGAAGGAAGGAAAGAAAGAAAGAAAGAAAGAAAGAAAGAAAGAAA